UAAUCCAUAUAGAUUUAAGUAGUGGUAUUCCAUAACUUCAAUCAUUAUUGCGAGAUGAAAAGUUUUUUUCGUUUUGUUAUUUUGCCUUAGCUUGAAGGAACCUGCUUAUACUAGUUAAGCGAGAUACAAAGAUCCAAUGGAUGCCAGUACUAUCUUAUAUUUUGAUUAUUCAUGCAAAGGCUGAUCAACUUCAAGUGUGAUGAGAAGCCACCUAAAAUUGGUAUAGUUUACAUGCAUUCAGACUAAGUAUCUUAGGAGGACAACUCAGAAUCAUGCCAGUUAGAUCAAUGAACAUGAAAGUAAAUGUCCAGUACAUAUGCUUUCUCAUUUUCAUCUCAAUCCAUUUAUUACAUUGUAUGGAUACUUCCAUGAUUGUUAAGAAGCUGUUGGAAAAAGUUAGGAAUUCACAGAUUCAGAAAACAACAAAAAGCCUUCCUCCAUUUUCCUGGCACAAGGAGAAAGGACUGUUUGAAAGCCACGUCAAACUCUAUUUUCAUGGAUCAUUUAGUGAGUUUAUGCUCCGUGAAGGAUUUGAAAUAUUUGACAAUAAUAACUUUGCCACUGCUUGGAUUACAACUGCUCUUCUUGAAGUACAUCAGUUAGGAAAUAAUAGAACUUGCAUUGAUGAGGAGUUGAUUUUGAAUGCAGUGAAAGCCAUGGAGAAAUUUGUUGAUAAAAAUGAUAAAUUCAACACAUCUGUUCAAACAUUUUGGCCCCAAGCACUUAAUGAAAGUGUGGACACAUGGCAAAGUACACCAGAGAAUUUGUUGCAACUCUUUGCCCUGUUUGAUGACAUUCCAUGGUCUGUGAUUCUUAACUUUCUACAAAAACUGCAUUUAGCUGAUGCUGAAAUGAUAAAGAAUAUCAAACAGUUGUUGCAAGAGAAGGAUACCUAUAUAAAAGCCUUUCAUAUUCCUCCUGAUUUUGAUGACACCUUUGUGAACAUUGGCAUGGGAUCACUUUUGAAAGAAAUGUCCAAGUCUUUUCCUCAGAGCUUCAAGACAUGGAUGAAAAGAAAUUCAAAUUUAACAUCAGUUUUAACUGCGCUUAAGAAGUAUGCUUACAGGCCCAUGUCAAAUGACAGCAAAGUUGACUCAAUAGACCCAAGAACAUAUUUCUACAUGAGAGGUUUUUUAGAAAAGGCCAGGGAUGCAGGUGAUACCAUUGCUCUUGUACCUACUUGGGUCCAGAAUACAGAAGAAGCUAGAAAAGGGUUUUACAAAGGAAAUGUCAUGCCAUUUAAUAUCAAUAAUGUUGAUAUCACCGUGGCAGCUAAUGCUAUUUAUGGUUUAACAAAUGGCAUUUUAACAGGCAUACUACCAAAGUCUGUUAUAGAGGAUCCUGAUAUUCAGCAAAUUUACCUGAACACAUCAGCAUUAAUUGCGUAUGAGAUCAAUACAAACUUAUCCAACAGGAGAGACCUGGCCUUGACCUACUACCCUUCAGAGUAUGAGUUCUACUGGUUUGUGUCAAGGACAUUUAGUAAACUACAGGAAUAUUCCCAACAUCAAAGCCUACAUCCUGUCAUGAAGCGAGUUCGGGAAAUAUUGGGAGAAGCACUGUGUGGUAAAAUGACAACCUCCAUUUUGAUGUCUUACAAAACUGACGAUGAUGGUUCAGUGUUUUAUGACGACUUUCUCGGUGAUGGAGAUAGAUCAAUUUUCAAUAAAACAAUUGAAAGAGGCGAGGACAGAAUAUUUACAACUUCUAUGGCCAUCAAUGCUUUAUUAACAACAUGGACUUCUUAUGAUUCUGCAAGAAAAAGGCUGAUCUGGGAAAAAGGAGUACCCGCCAAAGUAAUUGAUGUGGUAAAGAGAGCUGUGCAGUGGAUAUGUAGAAAUGCCCUCUCUGGAAAAUAUCGUCCUUGGAAUGCGUUUUUCUCAGGUUCAGUGAAAAGUUUUGAUUCCAUGCCAUGGUGGUAUCCAUCGAACCGUAAAGAGUACUUGAAUGGAACCUCUAUUGCAGAUGACACCCAUAUUCCUAGUGAUGCCACAAUUAUAGCUAUGCAAGGUGUAAAGUCACCAGAAUGGUACAACACUCAGCUCAACAAAACACAUUUUGGAUUCAAUGUUCCCAUGAUAUUUAAUGGAUAUAAUGCAGAAAUAGGUCCUUUUCCCUUUUGGAGUUCAGAACCUUACACAUAUGUUUCAGCGAUGUUAUCAUUGGUUAAAUACAGUAGUGUGAUGAUUUAAUACUGGUGAUGUUUUUUUUUAUAUUUUUGUGCCAUAUCAUAUAAUUCUUUUUAUGUAAUAAAUGAUAAAUGCCAUUAUAAAUCUUGAUGACUAUAUAUUUUGCCUUAAUACUACAUUCCAAUAUUGCUCAAAGGAUAUUAGGCAGAUCUGUCUUUGUUUUACUUUCUUAUACAUGCAUAUACACCCUUAUAUUGUUAGUAAUUUUAAAUACGUUUUAUUUUUUGCCAGAUAUACAUCUGUGCUAUUUUUCAUUAUCGCACAAACUGAAUGAAGCAAUAAAAUUGCAAGGUUAUAUGUUUUUAUCUAUGCAGUUUUCAAAUGUUUAAAACAUCAAACAACAUGUUCUUGUAUCAUGGCAAACAUCAGUGUUUCGUGACAUCACUAGUUUUGUAGUAUUAUGAUAAUACAUGUAUAAUUUUUCAUAAGGGAAACAGAUUCUCAUUUCAUGGACUGACAAAGGAUUUCAUAUGUGUUAAGUUGCAGGAUGAAUCACUUUUCUGUAUUACAAGUACAUGAAAAUAUUCUUAUUACUAUAAGGAAAGUAAUUAUACAUAUAUUUCCUCCAUGUUUUUAUUAUAAACUUGACUCUAUGUUGAAAUAGAUUUGUAUACAUGUAUCUUUGUUAUGUAUGUUUUGAUUGUGUAUGAAAGUCCAUCAAUCUUUCUUCCCUUUUAAAAAAAUAAAAAUUCAGUAUUAUUUUUGACGAUUUUUUUUUAUUUGACCCUUUUAUAUACUAUGAAAUAAUAAUUUUAAUGAUUAAUUUAUUAAGUAUGUGAGCCAUUGUUUCUAUACUUUUGAUUAUCUGCUGAAAUAAUACAUGACAUGCCUGUCUUCUGGUUUUCUUGAAGACAAUAAACAAAUUUAUAAGAAGUGUCUUAAGAUACUAUUCAUGUUAUACUUUAGCUGUAUAUAGUUUCAAUGUAAUUAUGAUAUUUGUACAUAAGUAUAUAGUGUCAUAUCCCGUGAACAUAAAAAAAUAUGCAAUUGAACAUAUUUAAAAAAAUCUUUUUAUUCUUUAGAUA